AGGGAGCCAGAGCUUCCAGCUCCUAGGAAUCUGCAAGCUUCCAGUUCUCGUAAUUAGAAGCAAAAACGACGUAGAGAUAUCUUCAUCUCCUGGUUUCACCAAAAGACGAAACUUCAUCUCCUGGUAGGGUUUGGAGGUGCGCCUUGGUUGGUUGUUUGGAUUGAUUGCUAUUCUAAAUAACCCGCCCUCCUCCUUUCAUGCUUUGCGCAAGAAUAAACCCUAGAAUUAAUGCAGAAGAAAGCUGCUUUCCUUUUUGGUGAUUGAUGAUUUUAGAGAAGAGUGGGAUGUCAAAUAGUAGCUGUAGGUUGAAGGGUGGGGGCGAUAUGCAGAUGGUGGUGGAGCCCAAAUCCCAAACUGCAACAAUUGGGAAUGCGAUAGUUGAGUACAAACCUGCUCUUCCUCCUCUAAAGGAAGAGGAAGAAGACUUGGAAGUCAAGCUCCGCCGAAUUAUCGACCACGUCCCUGUUCGUGUUAGCAACACCUCAGGCAGCUCGGCUGGUUCUGGCUCUGGUGACUUCCAUCAGUAUCGGCAAAUGAGGCGGAAAGAGCAGGAUCGUCUUGCAAGGAUGGAUGUCGACUAUCAGAGGAGGAAAGAAAUUGCAGAGUUCAAUAUGAGAAGAGAAGAAAGGAUAAACGCUGCGGAGGAACGAACUGCAAAGAAGAGAUUGAAAAGACAAAAGAAGAAGCAGAAGAAGAAAGAGAAAAAGUGUAAAGUGGUUACUACAGAGGACCAAGACAAGUCUGCUGCAGAACGGGAAUCUUCAGAUAGUGAUAAUUCUGAUGAUGGUGAAGAACUGCACUAAAUUUGAGCUAUCAUUCCAUGAUGUAUCUUAGGCAUCCAUCUUUUGCUGUCUUCUAGCAUAACAUUGUGCAAAUGCACCCAAACUCUUCUACUCAUUAGUGAACUCUGUGUUUGUUGAAA